GCUUAGAAAAAAGAGAACAGAACAAAACCAAGAAAGCAAAGUACAAACAUAAUUGUCUUUCAAACCAACGCCGUAGCUGCCCGCUCUGUCCGUCUAAUGUGUGAUAUCAUCCCUGAAGACGCCAAAACAAUUAGCCACUACUGGCUGGCAGCAUCCACGAUAGUGGUAAUAUCGGCACCAAUACCGAUCACGUUGCCGGCAGCAUCGAGACCGUUCAGAGCCCUGUCGCCCGAAGAAGAGCCACCGUGGCUAGAGCCGUGGCCCUUGGGGGAGCGCUUCUGGUUAUUGGCAGCAUCCACGAUAGUGGUAAUAUCAGCACCAAUGCCGAUCACGUUGCCGGCAGCAUCGAGACCGUUCAAGGCCUUGUCGCCGGUGGAGGAACCACCAUGGCUAGAGCCGUGGCCCUUGGGGGCGCGCUUUUGGUUGGCGGCUUCGGCGAUAGUAGUGCCAUCAGCAGCAAUACCAACCAGGUUGCUAGCGACAUCAAGUGCGUUCAUGGCUUUGUCGCCCGAAGAGGAACCGCUAUGGCUAGAGCUGUGGCCCUUGGGAGCGCGCUUCUGGUUGUUGGCAGCCUCAGCGAUAGUUGCAGCAUCGGAUCCUAUGCCAGUGAUGUCCGACAAAGCACCAGUCCAAGUCGAAACCUUUUCACCGGUAGAGCCGCCAGAGCUAAGGUGGUGGCCGCCGCGAGGGUCACGGGUCAACAAGUUGGAAGAGCGUCCAGCAAUUGGCACACCAAUGACAGAGUUGGCAGAGAGGAUGGUGGCAAGAGCCACAGUAGCGAGCUUGGAAGUGUCAAUAUACAUCUUGAAUGAAGAUUGGUUGAGAGCUGAAGAUGCUGCAAGGCAAAGAGUUGUAGAAAGCAGGAAGGCUUUGGGAUUGGAAGCUUUGUAGUGAAGAUUGUUGUGAUUGUUGUUGAUGAUGAAUUUGGUUCUGGAACGGAUUUAAGCACUCUUUUAUAGACCAUUCCCUCUGAUACAUUGUUGUGAAGUUGUAUACAAAGAUGGCACAUGGCCCCCAGGCUGACCAGGCGCACACCUUCAUCGCGACGCUGUAUAGCAAAGAUUGACCUUUGGGGUUCGAGGAUUGUGACAGCGCCUGCGCGCAGGAUGAACACCAGGAUCAGCCAAGAUCUCAAGUAUUGGGCGAGCUUAUUUUACUCUAAUGAAGAGUCAAUAAGUAUGGGCAUGUUAUUGGAAAAUGGUA